AGUGGCUCUUUUCUUUCGUCCCCUGGAGCGCGGCUCGUCGAGUGUUCCUUCCGACGCGCAUGCGCGUCGCGCUCGUAUGCAGUGCCCCUACACGGUGUCAGAAGUGGGCGGUGGUCAACGUAUCUCGCUGAGGCCAUGGACGGUAGCAUUUCCAGAAAAUGGCAAACCAACCCGCAACGGUAAUCCCGGGGCUCCAGCAGCCACCACCGCUGGACUUGGACAAAACGUCAGAGUGGCCGGCGUGGAUCGACCACUUCGAUGAUUACCGCUUCGCCACAGCUCUCAACGAGCGUUCGGGAGAGGUCCAGGUGCGCACGCUACUUUACACAAAGGGACGUACGCCAAGCCCGCGAAGUUUUUGCUACAUUUGAGCUGACCGACGAUGAAGCAAAAAGUUAUGAUGUCGCCAAGCAUAAGUUUGACAGUCAUAUCGUCAAAGAGGGGAACAUUGUUAAAGUGCCUGCUUUCACAGACGCCAGCAAUGGCCAGAAGAAUCGAUGGAUUAGUUCGCAACCGCACUUCACGUUCUGGCAGACCGCUGCGACUUUUUGGGGAUAUGACGAAGAGACUCAUCCGGGACAGGUUUGUCGUCGGGCUCCAAGGCGUGCAACUAUCCGAGGCCUUGCAGAUGGAUCCGCAGCUGACAUUGGCUACGGCGCUGGAUAAGGCGCGCCUCAAGGAAACCGUGCGUCAGCAGCGGCAGCUGAGCCUUCGACCGAAGGUUGUCCACAUCGGGAGCCCGCCAGAACUUCAGGACCAAGGCGUUAUCGUGAACACCGUGGGCCACAAGAAACGACCGCAGCACAAAGAGUGACGGUGCCCCUACUGCGUCGGCGACGCGCACCCGAGGUCGACGUGCCCAGCCAAGGCUUCCAAGUGCCAGUACUGUGGUAACAAAGGGCAUUUUGCGAAACCCUGCCUCAAGAAAGUUGGGUCAGCGCAAAGAAAGACCCUUUCCACCUGGACCGCAACCUUGGUAGCGGUGUGUAUGAGAAGAUGGACAUGCAUAUCAAGAAUGCCUUCAUCAAAGCACUGUCUCACUUUGAAACACCCAUAGACAGUGUUCCUGAAGGCUACUGUUCGUUCCUGGAGUACUACUUUGACCGCCGGCAUCUAGCUGACAAAUUCCUACGGAAGAGUCAGGGAUGCCACCCGCGUGUCAAGAAUGGCGACUCCAGGAAGGAGCCGAACAAAAAUGGGGGCAAGGAAAAUGAUGCAACUGCUGGUGGCAAUUGUCCCAUGGAAGUGCUGCAGCACCCGAGUGGCGGGCUUCGGCACUUCAAGUUUCGGCCGCAGCAGAAUAUACAGAAUCUGGACCCAGAAAACUUGGAUUCGGAGAUGCUGAAGCCUCUAAACCCACAGAGGCCGAAUCCGUCGCAGCUGGGCCCCAUGUUGCACCAGAGGCAACAGGCUGCACAGGGAGCGCGAUCGCGCCAGGCCAGAAACAAGUGGCAUUCUUCGCGUCACCAGCAACAACAGGGUGCUCAAGCAGAGGGCCAUCCCGGGCUUGCUCCCAAUGUGCCAUAUGAGGGGACUGCACCACCGGGGAUCACCCAGACACAGUUCCAGAGUGUGCCACAGAACAUGGGAACGGCAGGUCUCCAGAUGGGAGCUGCCCCCAGCUCCUUUGUCCCACCUCCGCGUUUUGUGGUAGCACCGCCCUUUCGCCCCCCGGGGUCCCUGGGAGCCAACAGCCAGACUGCACCACACCCUGAUGUUCAGGCCUGCAUGCUGGGGCUGGAUCUACAACAGCCAGCGCAACAGCUGUCGGAAGACAUGGGACACCAGCGAUAUGGCCAGAGGCCCAUGGGUCCACUGUCAUGGCACCAUUUCAGUGGCUUUCUUGGACCAAGGGGGCCCCACAACCUUCCCCCACACUUCGUAGCAAUGCCCCCUCCACCAAAUCAGCAGCAGCCCUUCCUCUGCUGGCCCCCUACGAUGCCGCCGUUCGUUACGAUGCAAAGCCAGCCAGUCUUCCCCAGAGCACUGUGCAGUGGCCAUCCAUCACAGCAAUGGGACCCCUCACCACAUGGGAGCCACGAGGUUAAGUCUGUGCCACCGCAAGAUUAGAAAAUCUCUGAAA